CAGUGCGCAGUGACUCUGCAGCAGUCGCCGCGGUAGCAUCGUGCGCUCCGCCCCCGGGCCAACAUGCCCGGCCGCCCAACCUGAGCGAAGCCCCCGCCGCCGCCGCUGCUGCACAGCCCCGACCUCCGUUAUCCCCAACAGGCAGCUAUGGAAGGGGGAGCCGGCUCGGGCCCAAACCCCGGGGGGCAGGAGUCCCCGAACCGGGCCGUUGAGUAUCUUCUGGAGCUCAAUAACAUCAUCGAGAGCCAGCAGAAACUACUGGAGACCCAGCGGCGCCGCAUCGAGGAGCUGGAAGUGCAGCUGGACCGGGUGAGCCAGGAGAACCGGGAGCUGCGGGAGAGCCGGGUGGAGCAGCACCGAUCUGACUACAGAGAAGCAGUCGGGGGAGGUGGAGGCUGCGGGGGCUACGGGCAUCACCACCAUCCGCAGCAGCAUCACCACCACCAUCCGCAGCAGCAGCAGCACCACCACCGCGGGGAGAACCAGCCCGGGUACCAGGCAGCCUACUCCACACCGCCGCACCAUCACCGUGCCCGGGACACCCCGCGAUCCAACCGGGCCACCUCCCGCAGCUCCAGCCCCGGAGCCGGGCACAGCACCACCAACAGCCCGGCCACUACCCUGCAGAGAAAUUGUGGUGUUAUGUCUGUGUACCAGGAGGCUCAGGAUGAACAGUGUUCUAUGUCGCUUCUGGAUAGGUGUUGCAGGUCUGACGGUGAGAACUCCAGGACGGUAAGCGUUGAAGGUGGUGAAUCUAUUGGCAGCGAAUCGGGAACAAUUGUUGACAGUCCGGGCCAGCAGCCGCCAUAUCGUGGAGAGGUGAAAAGCGAUCACUACGACUUACCAUCACCCACCCGUCACCCUCACCCCGGGCUCCAGUGGAGUCAACGGGCCAGACUACAGCCCGCCAGUGUUGCCUUGCGCAAGCAGGAAGAAGAAGAGAAUAAAAGAUCCAAAGCCUUGUCUGACAGCUAUGAAUUGUCUACAGACCUCCAGGAUAAAAAGGUGGAAAUGCUGGAGAGGAAGUAUGGGGGCUAUUUCCUCAGCCGGCGGGCCGCUCGCACCAUCCAGACCGCAUUCAGACAAUAUCGCAUGAAUAAGAACUUUGAACGUCUCCGCAGCUCUGCUUCUGAGAGCCGCAUGUCCCGUCGGAUCAUCCUAUCCAACAUGCGCAUGCAGUACUCCUUUGAGGAGUACGACAAGACCCACAGCGUCCCAUACUUCCAGGGCAAACCUGUGUCAUUGGACGAAGGGGUAGCUGCAUGUCGUGGGCAGGGGGAGCGAGGUCUCCAGUAUGUGGGUUCCUGCAGCGGUAUUGACGGCGAUUCGAUCAACACCUCGGGGGAGUUUUCCAAUGAGAUCACAGAGCUGGAGGAUACCUUCUCCAAACAGGUCAAGUCUCUGGCAGAGUCAAUAGAUGACGCUCUAAGCUGCCGAUCUAUGCACUGCCCUGACCCGCGAGAUGAAAAGGGAUCUUUGGAAAAAGGGGAAAGCAAAGAGCAACAUGGAGACAGUACCGCUACUUCAUUCAGUGAUGUCACACUUUACAUGGAUGAGGGAGUCCCGGUAUCCCCGCUUUCUCUCGAUAGACCUCCAAGCUCCGAUCAGGACACUCCACAAGGACCGACCUCCCGACAAGAAUACUGGGCCACUUCUUCCUCACGGGAAGACAGCCGGGAGAAUGGCAGCAGGCGGAGCACCCCUUGCAUGGAGUGCAGAGACUUUCGCAUGAGAGGGGCUCACCUUCCUUUGCUCACUAUUGAGCCCCCCAGUGACAGUUCUGUGGACCUGAGUGACAGGUCAGACCGAGGGUCUCUCAAUAGGCAGAAUGUUUAUGAACAAGAGAACUGCAGUCCACACGGGACUCUUAAACAAGCACCUCACAAAGGACCUGCCCGAUCCCCUCAUCCGCAUCGCCAUUACCACCCAGACCCUCCACCUCCACCCCCGGACACUGGAGGUGGAAAUAAUGGUACGCAGGUGGGAGUUGGAAGCGUCAUGGGAGGGGUGCGGCAUCUUCAUCAUGGGAAACAGGAACUUGGGGAAAACUCUGAUGGGGAUAAUGAAAGUCUAAAUAGUACCACCAACUCCAACGAAACCAUCAACUGCAGCUCAGGCUCCUCAUCCCGUGAUAGUCUACGGGAGCCUCCCAACACCCUCUGUAAGCAGACGUACCAGAGGGAAACUAGGCACAGCUGGGACUCGCCCGCUUUCAACAACGACGUGGUGCAGAGGAGACAGUACCGCAUUGGCCUCAACCUCUUCAACAAAAAGCCAGAAAAAGGGAUCCAGUACUUGAUUGAGAGGGGCUUCCUAUCCGAUACCCCCGUGGGGGUGGCACAUUUCAUCCUGGAGAGGAAAGGCCUCAGCCGGCAGAUGAUCGGAGAAUUCCUCGGAAACCGCCAGAAACAGUUUAACCGGGAUGUUUUAGACUGUGUGGUGGAUGAAAUGGAUUUCUCCAACAUGGAUCUGGAUGAUGCCCUGCGGAAGUUUCAGGCUCACAUACGUGUUCAAGGGGAAGCACAGAAGGUAGAAAGGCUCAUUGAGGCGUUCAGCCAGCGUUACUGUGUGUGCAAUCCCGCCUUGGUUCGCCAGUUUCGGAACCCGGACACCAUAUUUAUAUUGGCAUUUGCCAUCAUUCUCCUCAACACUGACAUGUACAGUCCGAGCGUCAAAGCUGAGCGCAAAAUGAAACUGGAUGACUUCAUCAAGAACCUGCGAGGGGUGGAUAAUGGAGAGGACAUUCCCCGGGACUUGCUAGUGGGAAUAUAUCAGCGGAUCCAGGGUCGAGAGCUGAGAACAAACGAUGAUCACGUAUCUCAGGUGCAAGCCGUGGAGAGGAUGAUUGUCGGAAAGAAGCCGGUACUUUCUCUUCCACAUCGGCGUCUUGUUUGCUGCUGUCAACUCUACGAGGUCCCAGAUCCGAAUCGUCCCCAGAGGAUGGGUCUGCACCAGAGGGAGGUCUUCCUCUUCAAUGAUCUUCUGGUGGUAACAAAGAUCUUCCAGAAGAAGAAAAUUUUAGUGACCUACAGCUUCCGGCAGUCCUUUCCACUGGUGGAUAUGCAGAUGCAGCUCUUCCAGAAUUCCUAUUACCAGAAUGGCAUCAAAUUGCUCUCUGCUGUCCCUGGUGGUGAGAGGAAAGUACUGAUCAUCUUUAACGCUCCAAGUCUUCAGGACCGAUUGAGGUUCACCAGCGACCUACGGGAAUCUAUAGCAGAAGUCCAGGAAAUGGAGAAAUACAGAGUGGAAUCUGAACUAGAGAAGCAGAAAGGGGUGAUGCGUCCCAACACUUCCCCUGCGCCAGGGAUAAAGGAAGCGGUCAAUGGAACUCUGGGCCGACCCAGUCUGGACGACACGUAUGCACUAGGGGAAGGUCUGAAGAGAAGCGCUCUUAGCAGCUCUCUACGAGAUCUCUCUGAUGUUGGUAAGAGAGGGAGGCGUAACAGCGCGGGAUCUCUGGACAGCACCAUUGAAGGAUCUAUCAUUAGCAGCCCUCGCCCACACCAGAGGCUCCCGGUUCCACCACCACCUCCUCCUGAGGAGUACAAGGCUCCCCGACCAGUGUCCAAUUCUUCCUCUUUCCUUGGAUCUCUGUUUGGAAGCAAGAGAGGAAAGGGUCCCUUCCAGAACCUGCCCCCGACCUCGUUGCCUCCUCACCCUCACACGCCUCCAGGAAUCGAUGGACCUUCGAAAAUUCAGGCUCUGCAUGCUCAAUACUGCCACAGUCAGGGGGUGCUUGCUCAGCCCCCUCCACCAUAUCACUCUCAGCCGCCAUCUUCUGCACCGCCGACGCAGCCUCCCCCUCCUCCAUCUCAUCGUUACCAUGUGCCACCAUCAUCAGCUCAGUUUACAUUGCAGCGCCCUGGUCAACAGAAGAGACCAGCAGUAGGCGGGCCACCCUUGACACCCAGUUCCCCUCACCCUCAGUACACCUUGCAUGGCCGACACCCUUCAAACCAGCCGCAGUCUCCGCUACCCAUGUACGCCUCUGGGCCCCAACACGCCAUGACGCACACAUAUCCCCAGCACAUGCACCAGUCUCACCACUCCAUGCAAAAGCAACCACCUAAGCACUUUGUAUUUACCCACCACCCUUCCCAGAUGCCUCCACAACCGCAGCGCCCUCAGCAGUCUCAGUAUACCCCCACCCCCUAUACCCAGCCGCACAGUCAGUCUCCCUGCUCCCCAAUAUCUCCCAUUCCUCCACAUCCAUCCUAUCCACCUCUCCCGCCUCCAUCGCCGCAUACACCUCACACUCCUUUGACACCACACUCCCCUCUUCCUCCGACAUCUCCACUGCCCCAGCAUGCAUCCCAUCAUCCUAUGGGGACAAAUACGUCCCAGGGUAACCCUAAACAAAAACCAGUUAACAGAAUCAGCACGGUGGUGUAAAAAACUGGUUGUAUAGGAGAUGCCGGACCAGAGGCGAAGGAAUAAGCAUGCACAUGGGGAUAGAGAUGAAGACAACCCCGGCUGUUCUACCCGAGCUCCAUCAGCACUCCACGGCACUGGACAGAGCCACGGCCAGUGAUAGAUGCAUUCACUGGGACUAUGUAUCUGAUAUGUGAAGAAGAGACUAUGUAUGUCCUAAUAUAUACAUCGCCCUUGCAUUCCCUCCCCUGCUCUGAUGUCCUCUUUUGUUGGGUGAUACAAGGUGCCAGACUUUGCCUGCCUAAAGGGCCGGGACAGACAUGUGAUGGUUAGUGAAAGGUGAUAAUGCAGAGCCGUUUGUGCGGUCUGACUAGUGAAUGGAUGAGUGUUCUAGUAUUUUGUUAGCAGAUUAAUGCACCUCUAUAAUGAAGGGGAAUCUGGUGAGUGUUCAUGUGUAUUAGGCUGCAUUCACACCACGUUUUUGCAAUACAGUUCCCGUAUACGUUUUCAAUUUGAAAACCGCACGGAACCGUAUUGAAAACCAUACGCAUUGACUCUCCAUUGAAAACUGUAUGCCAAAAGAUGAAUCCGGUUGCAUCCGUUUUGCGUCUUGUACGGUUUUGUCAGUUUUUUCCCUGUACCCUUAAACCGUUGCCUAUCCAAAUGAUAAUAAAGAAAAAGGCGGAUCACUCACCAGUCCGAUGCUGUGCACUUUAUCCAGAGAGUGAUAACAAUGGCUAUAUACGGAUAGGUGGAACGGCAGGGCAGGAGGCGUUACAGAGCCCCGUUCGAAGCGACGGCGCCGUUUCACGCCCUCUGGGCUUUUCUUCAGGCCCGGAAUUGACAUGACAUCACAUCACCAUACAUAUAGUAGUAUUUAAUGUAAUAACAAAUAAAAUUAUGUAUAAUACAUCUAAAAAACAGUAAAAGGCCGAACCUGGAACAUUAUAGAAAAGCUAAACCGUAGCCUACCGGGUGAAAAACCGUAUUGAAACCGUGUACGUUUUUUUUUUUUUUAACAUGGGAGUCAAUGGGAACCGUACAGAACCGUAUGUGCGUACGGUUCCAUUUGGUUUGCACCAUACGGUUUUUGACUUUGCACAGUUUUUUCUUGGAAUUUCAAUCAAACAAGUGAAACUUUAUUCAUAAUGGAGUAAAAAAAAAUUAAAACGUAUACAUUUUUUUCUUAAAAAAACAGAUGCAAAAGGACAUCAUUUUUUCAAAUCGUAUACGGAUUAAAAUUUGUACACCCGUUUUGAUACAGUCCGGUUUUGAGGAAUCCGUUUUUCAUCAAAAAACUGAUCCGGGAACUGUAUUGUAAAAACAUGGUGUGAAUGCACCCUUAAGGAAUCGAGACUAAUGGGUCCUUGCCGACCCCGCUGCUAAGUGCUUUAGGGUCCUGUGAAUGUGAGAGCGAUGGAUUGCAGACGUUGCACAAGGGGCAAGCAUGGGCACCGAAACGUUCACUUCUCCAAACCCGAUGCCACCCAUGCCUUGUGCUAAAAAGGGAUUGGGGGGGGGGCCUUGUAGUUUAUGUUCUGAUCGGACUCCUGAAACACUCCCUUUAUAUGUGCAGUUCAGGGUAUAUACCACUAAAUGAUGCAGGGAUUGGACCCCAUUAAACAGCAUUAACAAAAAGUGUACAUAGCGCAAAAAAAAAAAACCUAAACUGGGCAUGUUCUGUGCCAUUUUAUUUCUGCACAAUCAUUAAGCAGUUACUGCUUACUUAAGAAAACUAUAUACAGAGUUCUAUGUAUAGAGAUUUAAAAAAAGAUGUCUAUAUUAAUAUAUAUAUAAAUAUAUAUAGUGUAAAAUCCUUUGUACGAGGUAGAAUGUCUGCUUCACUUGUAACAUUUCUGGCAUCUUCUGUGUCAGGCGGAAGGUUUGAGCUCGAUACCGAAAAAAAAAUGGAUGCACCGGAUCAUGUAAUCCCAGCAGGGAAACCAGCUUCACUAUAAGGACCCGUCGCUUAUACACAGUUGAGGGAGAUUUUAAUGCUAUAGAGCAGUAGUCUCCAAACUGUGCCUCUUCA